GCUGAGUUUUCCUGUUUUAAUGAUGUCCUGCCCACGGCUGUUGGCGGGAUGUCAGCGUUUGAUCAAAGACUCUGCCCCCCGCAGCUGUACACAUCCCGACCCGAAUAUAAUAACUUCCAGCCGCACGUCCCGGAGCAGUCUGACCGCAGUCUCUCACAUCAGAUCCUCACCGCACCGCGCCGGACCUCAGCCGCCGAGACCGAGGGGUUCUACAUUAGCCAUUGAUGUCUGAAGAUCCCCGAUCUACAUCCCAGUUGUAGGAACAGAGGUCAAGAGAUGGACGUAUACUGGGCUGCAACCCUCUUCGUGAUUGGGAUUAUCUGUGAUUCAUCGCGAGGGCAUUGGCAAUGGACACAAUGGUUCAAUAUUGACCAUCCUGGAGGGAGAGGAGACCUCGAGCAACUCGAUGCCAUCCAGAGGCACUACCCAGACAAGCUGUGCCCCUCACCGGUCGGUGUGCAAGCCCGCACCACGCAGGGUGUACCAGCCGCGCUGACGGGGGAGACAUUUCACCUCAGCUCCCAGCGUGGCUUCUGGUGUCUCAACAAAGAGCAGCUCCCGGAGAAACAUUGCUCGAAUUAUGCUGUCAGAUUCCAGUGUCCCAGAGGACCUGAGACUGCCGUGGCUCUGGGCUCCUGGUCCACGUGGGGAGUGUGUGGCGCAGGCUGUGAGCAGACACGGACACGGACUCGUCCCGGACCGCUGUUGGAAGGGCGGAUGUGCCCGGGGGCACCUUGCGCAGGCUGCGGGCUAACUUGUUCCAUGGGACGUGUGAAUGCGGCCUGCAGCCGUUGUAUGUGUGAGGACUACACCCUCCUCGGGUCAGUGCGGCUGCAGGAUGGAGCUCCGGCCUCCGGGGCCACUGUCCACCUGCGGGGAGACACAGACUCACUGCUGACAACUUGUGACCACAAUGGCAAGUUCAGGAUUCCUGGUCUCUGUCCCGAUGGCAGCACGGCUGUGGAGAUUCGGAAGCCCCGAUAUAACAUUGCUGUGGUCGUACUGGACAAAGGCACCAACAAAGUCUCCAUCAUCAGCGUAAAGCUCAAGAGAUCCGUGAAGCCAUUCAUCAGGUCACAGCCCCAGAGCAAGAUCAGACACGAGGGCCAGAGCGUCACUUUCUGCUGCAACGCAGUGUGUGAUCCGCCCGCCAACAAGUACUCCUGGUACCAUAAUGGCUCCUUGCUGGACGAGAGGACAGCUGGCCAUGGCAGCGUGUUGGUUUUACACUCGCUGCAGCCACAACACGCUGGGCAGUACUCGUGUCGUGCCAGCAAUCCUGCCGGUUUCAUCAAAUCCCAGCCAGCCACACUCACUGUGACAGCACUGAUGGCUCCUUCUUGUAAUCCAGUCCCCGAGAGCUAUUUCAUCCAGCUUCCGGCUGACUGCUACCAGAACCAGAGCCAUUCCUUUCUCUACGACGCAGGGCGGUGCCCUGCAGCAAGGUGCGCCGGGGACCAGGGGCCAGAGGGGGAGUGCAGAGAUGCCGCCAGGUUCUGCUGUGGGGCGGUGCAGCUGGAGGACAGAAGCAUACCCUGCUCUGGGUACACACUCCCCAUCAGGGUGGUGAAGAAGUGUGGGUGCCAGAGGUGCAUAGAUAUCAAGGCCACCGUGCGUGGCCGUGCAGUAGCGGCUGACAAUGGGGAACCCAUGCGCCUCGGGCAGAUCUUCAUGGGCGGGAGGAAAGUCGGUAUGACGGGGUACAAGGGCACCUUCUCAAUGGCAGUCCCGGCUGAUGUCGACAGGUUGGUCCUGACCUUUGUGGACCGUUCCCAGAAGUUUGUGAAUACCACCAAGGUACUGGCUUUCAACAGGAAUGGAGGGUCUGUGUUUCACCAGGUUAGACUUCUAAGGAAGAAGCCUGCGACGACGCUGGACUGUUCUGUCAGUAACGCCAUCAGCAUGGGAGGGAGUGAAAAACGAGAACCCAUUGCUGAGCUGGAGAUUCCAGCCAACUCAUUCUACAAGCAGAAUGGGGAAGUUUACAGGGGCCUGGUGCAAGCCAGCAUCACCUUCCUCGAUGCCAGAGAUACCUCCCUGGCCUCAGCAGCACCAAGUGAUCUGGACUUUGUUAAUGAAGAGGGCGACGUUCUGCCCCUGAGGACCUAUGGCAUGUUUUCUCUGGACUUCACCGAUGAAGCUGCAUUGAACAAUCUCAACGCAGGCCAGGUGAGGGUAUUCCUGGACACUGCCCAAGUUCAAAUACCCGAACAUUUGGAACUGAUGAAGCUAUGGUCUCUCAACCCUGACACUGGCUUCUGGGAAGAAGAGGGGGACUUCACUUUUGUCCAAAGCCGGCGAGGGAGACGCGAGGAGCGAACCUUCCUGGUGGGUAACAUGGAGAUUCGGGAGCGGCGCCUCUUUAACUUGGACGUCCCCGAGAGCAGGAGGUGCUACGUCAAAGUCCGCACCUUCCGAGGUGAUCGCUUCACAACCGGCGAUCAGUUACGGGGAGCGGUGGUAUCGCUCAUUAACCUAGAGCCCCUGCCGGGGUUUAGCUCCAAUCCCCGGGCCUGGGGACGCUUUGACAGUGUGGUCAGUGGUCCCAACGGGGCCUGUGUGCCUGCUUUCUGUGACGAGCGUCAGCCCCACGCUUACUCCGCCUACGUGACAGCAACCCUCAGGGGAGAGGAGCUGGAGGCCAUCUCCCACUCCCUGACAUCCAGCAUUGGCGUGCAGCAACCCCUCCUGCAGAAGUUCCAAUACAGGAGAUCAGACCACGAGGACCCUAGAGCCAAAAAGACAGCAUUCAGGAUAAACGUGGCCAAGCCCAACCCCAACGCGGCGGAGGAGGCGAAUGGUCCCGUUUACCCUUACCAGAAGCUGCGAGAGUGUGAGGAGGCGCCCUUCAGUGCUGCUCAUUUCCGAUUCUACAGGGUGGAGGGCGACAGAUAUGAAUACAACACUGUAGCCUUCAACGAAGAUGACCCGAUGAGUUGGACAGAAGACUACCUGGCCUGGUGGCCACGGCCCCUUGAGUUCCGAGCUUGCUACAUCAAAGUGAAGCUCACUGGAACUCAGGACAUCACGGUGAGGUCUCGCAACCUGGGGGGUACGCACCCUCGGACCGUAGGCCAGCUGUACGGCCUGCGCGACGUUCGGAGCACCCGUGAUGUCAAGCAGCCAGGCGUCUCCGCCGUCUGCCUGGAGUUCAAAUGCAGCGGCACGCUCUACGACCAAGAGCGGGUCGACAGAACACUGGUGAAGAUCAUCCCACAGGGUCACUGUCGCCUGGAGAGCAUUAACAACAUGUUCCGGGAAUAUCUGGUCAACGAACUGCCUCUUGCUGUCAACAACGACACCAGCGAGUUCACAAUGCUGGCUCCCCUCGAUCCUCUCGGCCACAAUUACGGCAUCUACACCGUAACCGACCAGGAUGCUGCCACUGCCAAGGAAAUAGCUCUUGGCAGGUGCUUUGCCGGAAGUUCAGACACAGUCUCCCGGGUCAUGAAGUCCAACGCGGGUGUGGCGCUGACCUUUAACUGUGCAGACAGGCCAGUGGGUCAGCAGGAUGCCUUCCAGAGCUUGCAGAACUUCCCAGGACAGCCACGCGCGCACAACCAGCGGGUAGGAAGAGGGAAGAGAGGUCGCUUGUUUCGCACAUUGAGAAGAUAUAUGCAAGUGCCAAGAGCGUAGGCUGAGAGUCUGUGGUUCUGUGAUGUGGAUUAAACCAACAUUUUGCUCCAAACUCUGUAGUUCCAAAUUAAACUGCAAGUUCAAAUCUUUAGGGAGGAAGUUACUUCCGUGAACUGUGAAACCAGUUCUCUAUUCUAUUUAUUUCUGGUAGUGUUCCAAAGCAGAGCUUUCCAGAACACACCACGUAUGAUGUGUUCAGGCAAACAUAGAACAUUACAGCACAGUACAGGCCCUUCAGCUCCCUUUUGUGCCAAACUUCUAGUCAACUCCAAGAUCAGUCUCAGUCUUCCCAUGCACAUAUCCCUCUACUUCUCUAUCAUCCACGUUCCCAUCUUAUUAUAUGCCCCUCGUGUCUGCCUCUACCAUCACCCCCAACAGCAUCCGUCUGUGUGUAAAAACAAAAUAGGUCUAGCGUCCUUUAUAUACUUUCCUCCAAUCACUUAAAAUUGUGCUAGUUCCACCCUGGGUAAAAGUUGAUGGCUGUCCAUUCUACUUGUGCCUCAUCAUCUUGUACAUCUCUAUCAAGUCACUUCUCAUCCUCCUUCGCUCCAAAGAGAAAAUCCCUAGCUCCCUCAGAAGACAUGCUCUCUAGUAUUGGAACUAGCAUUAACGACCUUUCCCUUCACGUGCUGGCUUAAAUUUACUGCACUUCUGCAUAACAAAUCUGUAUUUGGCUCGUAGUUAGUAUUACGCAAUACCAGAUGCUUCUAAAAUAAAGAGCUCAAGUUUUACAUGCACACUGUCCUUCUGCUGAGAAGGAUUGUGAUUGUGAAUUGUGCUGAGAACACUCCUGAAUGCUGUGGGACUAAAGGUACGGAGGACUGGAUAUCUGAGGAUGCAUUUCCUUGCAGCAAAUUCACAUGCAGUGUGGUACUAUUAGGAGAAACUUGCCAGAGGGUAGGAACAAAUUAAACUUUGCAACUUACGGGACUGGAACCCUUACAGAGCCUCUACAGUGCGGGUCCACAAUCUUCUUUAUGCCAUAGAUCCCUACCAUUAACCAACGGGUACGUGGAAACCCUGCGCUAUCACCAUGAAGAGAUUGGAGGUACACCACCAUUGACUGUAAGACAUAGCAGCAGGAAUUGUCCAUUCAGCCCAUCGAGUCUGCUCCGGCAUUCCAUCAUGGCUGAUCCCAUAACUUUUGAUUCCCUGUCUAAUCAAGUACCUAUCAACGUCCACUUUAAAUGUACCCAAUGACUUGGCCUCAACAGCCUUCCAUGGCAAUGAAUUCCACAGAUGCCUCACCCUCAGGCUAAAGAAAUUUUUCCUCACCUCUGUUCAUCCUUCUAGUCUGAGGCAGUGCCUGCUGGUCCUUGACUCACUUGCUAUAGCAAACAUCCUUUCUAUGUAGGCUUUUCAAUAUUCGAAAGGUUUCAAUUA